GGCGGCGGCCGCUAGGCGCGGGCUGCGCGGCCCUCGGCCGCGGCCCGCCGAGCCAGCGGGCCGCCGCGCGCCGCUGGUGGCCGCCGCCGCCGCGCCGCCGAUGGCCGCCGCUGCCGCGCGGGGCUCUGCGGCGGCGGCGCCGCCCGAGGGCAGUGCCGCUCCCCUCGGGUGCGGCAAGAACCUCUUCAUCUCCGACGGCCCCGCGCCCGUGCCCGCUACUGGCGCCCCGAGCUGCGCGCGUGCGGUGAGGGUGCCUCAGGGAGCAGAUCCCAGCGGUGCGCAUGCAGACCGAGGCGUCGUGGCCUCCGCGGUGGCGACUGCCUCUGCCUCGGACGCUGGGCCUCAGGCUUCGGCGCCGCCAGGCCCGUCCACGCAGCUGGCGGAGCAGCUCCGGGUGCGGCGCGCGGUGCUCUUCGCCAAGAGCGAGCGGAGGGAGCUGGACGUGAACGACAUCGCCGAGCACUCGAAAUUUAUAUCGGGGGACACGGUGAAGCAGAUGCAGGCCCAGCGCAGGGACAUCCAGCGCAGGCACACGCUCGCGCACGCGCGGCUGCGGCGCGAGAAGAGGGACGUCGGCCGCAUCUGCUCGCUCAUGUCGCAGGCGGAGCGGCUGGAGGGCCAGGCCGAGGAGUUCAACGCCAACGUCUUCGCCCUCAAUGCCGAGCGGGAGUGGCUGCACGAAACUGACGCCUGGAAGGGUGCCGUGAGGGAGCUGCACGAGAAGUACGUCCAAACGGCGUCUGGCGAGGUGAUCGCCAAGGCGACACUCGAGCAGGACGAGGAGGAGUGCGCUUCGUUUGAGGAGAUGUUGGAGAAGAUGAAGGCCGAUGCCGCGGAGCCGCACCCUGAGGACGAUGCGGCACUGUCUGAAGGCGACCUGGAACCAGCCGUUGGCUCCGCCGCGGGCUCGCCAGUUGGCGACAAGAGCGGCGGCAAGGGUGCAGGCAAGAAGCGCAAUCGCAACCGCCAAA